GGAGAAUGGUACCGGUCUAGUCGCUUGCAGGUCGUGGGACCGUAAACUAAAACCGAAUCGGUUGUUCUUUCGCGAGUGUUCUGAAGGGAAACAUUCAAUUCACUGAACAUAUCAUUAACGUUGGAUACUUUUUAGCAAUGAGCUGCAACUGUCCCCUGUCGACAGCCACUGGACCCACUUUGGCCUCGACAUGUGGGGGGCCUUCCUUUAUGCUCUUUAUGGGUCUUCUUGAGGUGUUCCUACGCAGCCAAUGUGAUCUCGAAGAUCCUUGCAAUCGACCUUUGCCACGCGAUCGCGUAAACUCAAGGUACGACUUUGUUGUGAUAGGAGGUGGAAGUGCAGGGGCAACUGUUGCAUCGAGAUUAUCGGAAGAUAAUCGAUAUUCUGUAUUGUUACUCGAGGCAGGUUUAGAUGAGCCAACUGGUACGCAAAUACCGUCAUUUUUUUUUAAUUUCUUGGGAUCGGAUAUCGAUUGGCAAUACACAACGGAAAGUGAGGAUGAAGCUUGUUUGAAUAAAGAAGAUCGAAAAUGCUACUGGCCACGCGGAAAAGUACUGGGAGGAACAAGUGUAAUGAACGGAAUGAUGUACAUGAGAGGCUCGAGAAAGGACUUUGACGACUGGGAUCGAAUGGGAAAUCCCGGUUGGUCAUAUCAAGAUGUCCUUCCCUUCUUUAUAAAAAGUGAGGACAAUCAACAAGUCAGCGAUAUGGAUUACGGAUUUCAUGGAGUGGGUGGUCCACUAACUAUUACUCAAUUUCCAUAUCAUCCACCACUGAGUUUUGCACUCCUCCAAGCCGGAAGAGAAUUAGGUUACGAAACAGUGGAUUUAAACGGUAAUUCACAUACUGGAUUCGCAAUUGCUCAAACAACAUCACGAAAUGGUUCACGACUAUCAACAGCUCGGGCAUUUCUUCGACCAGCUCGAAAUCGUCAUAAUUUACACAUAAUGUUAAAUUCCACUGCGACGAGAAUUUUAUUCGAUGAUAAUAAACGAGCAGUUGGUGUUGAAUUCGUUCAUAACGGACAAGCGCAAAGGGUGUCUGUUGGCAAUGAAGUCGUCAUUAGCGGAGGAGCUGUAAACUCACCGCAAAUACUUCUAAACAGUGGAAUCGGUCCACGAGAAGAAUUGGAAGCUGUUGGAACUCCAGUUGUUCACGAUGUUCCAGGAGUUGGACGAAAUCUUCACAAUCACGCGGCAUACACUCUGACUUAUACGAUAAAUGACACGGACACAACACCACUAAAUUGGGCCACUGCUAUGGAAUAUUUACUAUUCCGAGAUGGUUUAAUGUCCGGCACAGGAAUAUCUGAAGUGACUGCAAUGAUAAAUACCAAGUAUUCAGAUCCAAGGGAGGAUAAUCCUGAUAUACAAUUAAUUUUUGGUGGCUAUUUGGCGGAUUGUGCGGAAACAGGAAUGGUGGGCGAGAAGAAAGGGGCAAACAGAACAAUUUACAUAAUUCCAACACUUCUGCAUCCAAAGAGUAGAGGUUAUCUUCGUUUGAGAAAUAACGAUCCCCUCUCGAAACCAAUGAUCUAUCCUAAAUAUCUUACUCAUCCGGAUGACGUCGCUGGUCUUAUCGAGGGAAUUAAGUUUAGCAUUCAAUUAGCUGAGACUAGUGCUUUAAAAAAAUACGGUUUCGAGUUGGAUAGAACUCCGGUUAAAAAUUGCGAACACUUGAAAUUCGGUUGUGAUGCCUAUUGGGAAUGUGCAAUGAAACAUGAUACAGCACCAGAGAAUCAUCAAGCUGGUUCUUGCAAAAUGGGACCAAAUUCUGAUCCUAUGGCAGUUGUUGACAAUCAAUUACGAGUUCGAGGUGUUCGGGGAGUACGAGUUGCUGAUACAAGUAUCAUGCCUCAAGUCACUUCUGGCAAUACAAACGCCCCUGCAAUUAUGAUUGGCGAAAGAGCCGCCGAUUUUAUCAAGAGAGCCUGGAUUGGAUGAAGGAGAUUCUUCCAUUAAAAAAAAUUUUU